UUCAGGGAGACAACUUCUUCAGCAUCCGGUCUCACAAUGGCUGCUUCACGCGCUUCGGUUCAGGGUAUGAAGCUUGUGAAACCCAUACUCUCUGUCGACAGCACCGAAGCUCGGAGAAGGGUCCUAAAUUUAUACAAGGCUUGGUAUAGACAUUUACCGUACUUAGUGCGUGAUUAUGAUGUUCCUUUGACUAUAGGAGAAUGUAAAAACAAACUUCGAGAAUUAUUUUUGAAAAACCAACAUGUUACAGAUCUUAGAACUAUCGACGUACUUGUCAUUAAGGGUCAAAUGGAGUUGGUGGAGACCAUGGAAGUCUGGAAACAGAGACAUCAUAUUAUGAAAUAUUUCAGGGAUUCUGAGAACCCUCGACCUGCAGAUUUUCUAUCCAAAUUCUAUGAUGGCAGUGAUUAGUUCCACUUCCAUAAAGUUGCUCUUGUUUUGUAUAUUAACUUUUGUAGGUUUGUUGGGGCAUUGUUUUGUGUAACAAACAAAUAGGCAAUAAACUUAUAUGAAAAAUU